CUUCAACCGCGCCUUCUCCAGUCUAUCGGCAGUCCAACAUGGCACGCUUCUUUAUCCUACUGUUCCCUCUCGUAGCGCUCAUCACGAUGGUGUACUCUCUCCCGGUUGAUGGGACGAGAUUACAGCGCCGUGGUAAUUUUUCGUACUGGCACUUUAACAUCGCUGUGCAGCCCUACACGGCUAGGGAUUGCAGUUCAGGCGCUCUGUGGCCUUCGCCACAGGAAGGGCCCGCCCACAUCCUGAAACAUGGCCACUGCGGUACCUACCCUCCAUUCCAGGGGUUUCGUUAUGGAUGGAGCCAGCACAAGAAGGAUGGAGAAGACUUGGAAGGAUACGGCAAUUGUGUUCUAUCUUCAUAUGCAGCAUCCGACUGCUCAGGGGAGCCCCUAGCAGUGCUGAGACAGUCAGGCGAACCGAGAUCCCGAGACGAUGACCCUGUGCAAAGGCGCAUGGUACGAAGGUGGGAGUGAUACCCCUGAAUCAGGCUACGAUUGAGCCAGUAGCUCUUGCUGAUUUACAAUAGGCGACGUGGCACGAUCCCUGAGAGUCGCCUGUGCAUAGCAGGGCGGUUGAGAGGGCUAGGCAAUCAUAGACACAUACUCCUUGGAGUGACCGGGGACCGGAAAGCCAAGCAAUGCGGACUACCAUGUCCAUCUCCAAGAACUAGCUCUAUCCGUACCAUGGCCAUGGCAGCAGCAAGUGUAUGUACUGAUUUAAUGGGAAUGUUGACCAGACGCCCCAUGAUAGGGAAGC